GUGAAAACCAUUGACAUGUCCUGCAGCCCCCCGCCUCACUAAUGUCAAGUUUGUUGACAAUGUCAGGACAAGCAGAUGUCAAUGUGGUGACACUCACGCCAAGAUGACGGGAGUAAUUUCAUAUCUGAACAAUGUGGAAGCAGACUGGGUCCCUCGGUCACAAAAAUGUUGCUCAUGAAGAAACCUGAUAUUGGGAAUUUGGGCGACCCUCACGGCGGAGAAAUAAUUAAAUGGGCGCUGCAGUGGAGAUCAUCCAGAAUGUGAACAGGGAAGAAUUGAAGUGAUCCCUCCCUCUUACUCUCGGAAAACGAGGCAAUUCAUCCCCCCUGAUCAAGGGAGCGUCCAAGCCACAGUCAUGGAAAUGAAAGUUUCGCUUGGGAGAGCUCAGGCCUCAUCCUAUGAUCCUUGCUAUGAUCCAACUUUGCCACAUCGGGUCAUGAGCCCACUCAUCAGGACACGGACGCGUGUUUGGAAGUCCCGUCCCGAAGAUCCACGAAUCCAACUCAAGCCAAAGAAAAAUAAAAAUGUCAGCAAAGAGACAGCAAAAGAAUGUAGCCGCAGUCCAUCCAUCCACAACUUGAUUAUAAAGUGCUGGCCGAGAAUUAAGGCGAGUGUUGGCCCAUUCCUGGUGAUUUGGCAUGAUCAUGAUCGCUCCUGCCCUUUCUAGAUCGCUGAAUUCUAGGCUUCAUGGGCACCUUAAGCAGAUCUUGGGGCGAUGUUGGAGCGAACAGGAGGACAUCCUUCCCCGACACUCUUCCCCUCUCUCCCCCCUGUCAAGCUUGAGAGGAACGAGCUCCUUGGUGUCAGGAGCCUACUAGUAGUAAUUAGGAGACGCAACGGAAGUAUGACUGGGGUUUGGAUAUAUACGUUGGAGCUAGAUGGAUCCUUCGAGUUGUUGCACCUGCAGAAAUGGCGCAGAUUUUAUAUGAAGGGACCACUUAACUCCUAAGGAGUAUGGCCGUCGGAUGGGUCGCAGGCUAAAGACCUCGGCGCUUCAGUUCAAGUUGUCUCCGUUUUUCGCAUCGAACCGGGUUCUCAACCUUCCGUCUACGCUUUUGUUUUAUUAUUCAUUUUUCUUUUGAGUUUUUAUUCUCGGAAAAGUUGAGAAGACUACCUUCAGUUUUGGCGUUUGUUGCGGGUGAAGCAGAAAAUCAUCCAUGGCGUCAUUGUGGAAAUAUUCUCCAAGGCGUUUAGUAAAUACUAGGAGUCUAGAGCAACUGGGUA